AUGUCUACUUCUAACGAAGAAGAGAUUCCUGCACCUGGCCAGUGGCCGGUCGACCCGCAGACCGAAGUCCCUAUUUCAAAAGACCGGAUUUGGGUUGAUGGAUGUUUCGAUUUCAGUCAUCAUGGCCAUGCUGGUGCCAUGCUACAGGCAAGGAAACUAGGAAAGGAAUUGUUGGUUGGCAUUCAUUCCGAUGAGGCAAUCCUUGAAAACAAAGGCCCAACUGUCAUGACUCUCACCGAACGUGUUGCCGCUGUUGAGGCGUGUAGAUGGGUUACAAAGUCUGUUCCCCAUGCUCCCUAUGUAACCUUCUUGCCUUGGGUAUCACAUUACGGUUGCCAAUAUGUUGUCCACGGCGAUGACAUCACCUCGGACAGCAAUGGUGAGGACUGCUAUCGCUUCGUCAAGGCAGCUGGUCGAUUCUUGGUUGUCAAGCGAACUCCAGGGAUUUCUACCACUGAUCUAGUUGGUCGAAUGCUUCUGUGUACCAAAAACCAUUUCGUCAAAUCUGUCAAAGAAACCAUAGAGGGAAAUGAAGGAUCUGGUAGCCCCCAAGACAGAAAGGAUUCUGGGGCGGAUUUACUGCAGAGAUUAAGAGAUUACGCUACAGACCAGACGGGUUUGAAACCGGGGCCAGAAGUUUGGAUUUGGAAUGGCACUGAGAGAGCAAAAAUUGGCCAAGGCAUCGAAGAGGCCGGGAUUUUCGAAAAUUUAAUCCGUGGUGUGCCACCAAAUCCCGGGCAACGUAUUAUUUACGUAGAUGGUGGCUUCGAUCUCUUCUCGUCGGGCCAUAUCGAGUUUCUUCGGCGAGUGUGGUCCAUCGAAGAAGCUGAGGCUCAAAAACGUGGAUGGUUUGAACCCGCUGAGAAGGAAAAAAGAAUCUCUCUUAAGGGUGAAGACUACGGUCCCGCCUACAUUGUUGCUGGUAUCCACGAUGACGCAGUUAUCAAUCAAUGGAAGGGUCUCAAUUAUCCGAUCAUGAACAUUUUUGAGCGAGGUCUAUGCGUUCUUCAAUGCAAGUAUAUUCAUACUAUCGUUUUCUCAACGCCAUUCGCGCCAACGAAACCAUUUUUACAAGCAAUGCCAUGGGGCAUUCCAGAUGCGGUUUACCAUGGACCGACUACGUUUAUCCCUCUAACCUAUGAUCCUUAUAUUGCUCCAAGAGAGAUGGGAAUCUUCAGAGAAAUCGAAGCCCACCCAUUUCAAAAUGUGAAUGCUGGGGAAAUCGUCGAAAGAAUACUAAAGAGUCGUAACGCUUACGAGGCGAGGCAACGUGCAAAACUACAGAAAGGCGUCAUUGAACAGCAUACAAAGCAGAAGGAGGCGUCAGGGUCACGGGUUGCUUUGACUUAA